AACCUUAAUUCCUCCAAAUCCCAUGCCCAGUUUCUCCUCCCUCUAACCUCUGCCUCCGGCCAUGUCGGUUCCUCCUCUGCCACGGCCACCGCCUCCACUCCCACUGCUACUACAACUCUAAAUAUCUCCACCGCGGCCGUCGGCCAUGGGGGGAGAAAUUUCUAGGGCACCACGCCCUCGAAUCCCCUUCUCCUCCCUUUUCAUGUUGUCCCUGUUCUUGAUCUGCAUCACCUCUGCGAAAAAACCGCCCUUCGAUUCCUUCACCCCCGGCGACGUUUAUUUGAUCGACUGUGGCUCGCCGGAGCAUACCCGUCUCGACGACGGCCGCAUUUUCAAAUCCGAUCGCGAAUCCACCUCCCUCCUUUCCACAGAAGAAGAUGUUCAGAUCUCCGUCGAUUCCAUUCCCCCAAACGCCACCGUUUCGCCUCUGUUCUCUUGGUCCUUGCCCCUGUUCCGCUCCGCCAGAAUCUUCACCGGCGAUUCCAUCUACACUUUCUUCAUUUCUCAGACCGGCCGCCAUUGGAUCCGCCUCUACUUCUUCCCUCUCCCAAACCCAAAUUACAAUCUCUCCGAUUCCGUUUUCUCCGUCACCACAGACAAUUUCGUCCUCCUCCAUGAUUUCUCCAUCAAGGACAACUCCAAAUUGGUUUUCAGAGAGUAUCUAAUCAAUAUAACUACCGAUAGAUUCUCCCUUCAAUUCAAACCCAAGAAGAAUUCGUGUGCGUUCAUCAACGCCAUCGAAAUCGUCUCCGCCCCAGAUCCUCUGUUUUCCGAUACCGCCACCUCUGUUUCUCCGGUGGGAUUCUUUAACGGAUUGUCGAAUUACGCUUUCGAAAUUUGCUACCGCGUUAACGUGGGAGGGCCAGAGAUCGUUCCUAAGAACGAUACGCUGUCUAGAACAUGGGAGACUGACGCUGCUUACAACAAAUUCCCACAGGGUUCUAAGAAUGUCUCUGUUUCUCCGAGCGCCAUUAAAUACCCGGGAAAGGAAGUGACUCCAUUGAUUGCUCCCAAUUGGGUUUAUGCAACUGCGCAGGAUAUGCAAGAUUCCAAAACAAUGCAACAGAACUUCAAUUUGACUUGGAGUUUUGAUGUGGGCCAGAGUUACUCUUAUUUGAUCAGACUCCAUUUCUGUGACAUUGUGAGCAAAGUUCUCAAUAGUCUGUACUUCGAUGUAUACGUCAAUGGGAUGAUGGGUAUCGCAGAUCUUGAUCUCUCUCAGAUAAACGGUGCUCUUUCCACUCCCUACUAUAAAGAUCUCGUCGUCAAUGCCUCCGACAUCGAAAACAACACCAUCGUGAUUCAGGUUGGGCCGUCUAAUAUGGAUUCAGGCAUUCAAGACGCGAUCCUCAAUGGGGUGGAGAUCAUGAAGCUAAGCAACGAUGCUGGGAGCUUGGAUGGGUUGUUUUCAGUGGAUGGGACAUACAUGGGAGCCUCAAAAUUCAUGGCAAUGAAGAUUGUUGCCAUUGUGGGUCUUGGCGUUGGAGUGGCAGCGGCUCUGUUUCUUGCAGUGGUGAUCUUCAGAUGGCAGAGAAGGCCCCAAGGAUGGGAGAAGAGGAACAGCUUCUCAUCAUGGCUGCUCCCAUUACAAUCAACCAAMAAUUCAAGCUUCUUCUCAAGCAAAAGCAGCUCCAGAAGAUCAAGCGUUUUCGGGUCUCGAAGGAGCAAGGCUGGUUUCUCAGGCAUCUACACCAACGUGGGCCUUGGCCGUUUCUUCUCCCUCAACGAGUUACAAGUUGCCACUGGGAAUUUCGUUGAGAAAGCAGUGAUCGGCGUUGGUGGGUUUGGAAAAGUGUACGUUGGAGCAUUGGAAGAUGGAACGAAAGUGGCUAUUAAACGUGGGAACCCAAGUUCAGACCAAGGAAUUAACGAGUUCAGAACAGAGAUCGAAAUGCUCUCAAAGCUCCGCCAUCGCCAUCUGGUUUCUCUAAUUGGGUACUGCGACGAGCAAUCGGAGAUGAUUCUGGUUUACGAGUACAUGGCCAAUGGCCCAUUUCGCGACCACUUGUACGGCUCGAAUCUGCCUCCAUUGUCGUGGAAACAGAGGCUCGAAAUCUGCAUAGGCGCAGCCCGUGGGCUGCACUAUCUCCACACUGGUGCGGCUCAGGGCAUAAUCCACCGUGAUGUCAAGACCACCAACAUUCUUCUUGACGACAAUUUUGUGGCCAAAGUUGCUGAUUUUGGGCUUUCAAAGGCUGCACCAUCGUUGGAACAGACCCACGUCAGCACAGCAGUGAAAGGAAGCUUUGGCUACCUCGAUCCGGAGUACUUUAGAAGGCAACAGUUGACUGACAAAUCUGAUGUUUACUCCUUUGGGGUUGUUCUUUUCGAGGUUCUAUGCGCGAGACAAGUCAUAAAUCCAAAGUUGCCGAGGGAGCAGGUGAGUUUGGCGGAGUGGGCAAUGCAGAAUUAUAGAAAAGGAACACUAGAGAAGAUAGUUGAUCCCCAAAUCAGCAGCUCAAUAAUAGAGGGUUCACUGAAGAUAUUUGUGGAAGCAGCAGAGAAAUGCUUAGCUGAAUAUGGGGUGGAUAGGCCGAGCAUGGGAGAUGUGCUAUGGAACUUAGAAUACGCUCUGCAACUACAAGAGGCGGUGUCAGAGAUUGACAAUGACCCUGAGGAAGACAAGUGCGAAGGCCUCGGGGCUUUGGACAAACCAAAUCAAAGCCAACCAAAAGAAGAUCAAGAAGCAACUCCUUCUGUCACUGAUGAUAAUUCUGAAGUCUCAGUUAGUGCUCCUCUGUUUCCCGAGCUUCAAAAUUUUCAGGGAAGAUGAUGAUGAAUUUUUCCUUUUUUUUUUCUUGGGGUUUAUGAGUUUUAACGAACACCCUCUUCACUGAUACAUUUUCAGAUUGAAAGUUUGGUCAGAAUUAGGGUCUUGACUACCUAAAUGCUGUUGAUUGCAAAUGAAGAAUUUGAAGUUCAUAUA